AACCUGAAAAUAUUUCGAAAAGAAAUAUUUCUAAUUUCUAUUCUUAUUGGGGUUUUGAUCAUUUGAGAAUUGGAAAUUAAAUUAUUUAAAAAAAAUUUAUACAGUCACUGCUUUCUAAGAAAUGGUUGAAUAGAUUUAUCUUUUUAAAUUGAAAACUAUUCAUUAACUGUAGAUUAAUUUAAGCUUCUAACAAGUGGAUAUUUCGAAUAUGGUUACUAUAAUUUCGAGGAUUAUUCGUUGCAAUUUCAACAGAAAUCUUCAAGUUUUCGAGUGCAGAUGUCUCAAAUCUAAAACUUUCAUUAUCAGAGCUAGUAGUCUAAAUGCAUACUAUUCACAGCAGAAAAGAGAAAAUUCAUUAUGUGACUUGAAUUCCAAACUGCUUGUUCCAGCAGUAACAAGGAGAUAUAUUUCAGAUGAAAAAAAGGACGAAAUAGGUCAAAGUGAAAAAACAAAGCCAUCCCUUUUCCAAAGGUUUAAACAAAUGUACAAGGAAUACUGGUAUGUUUUGAUACCAGUACAUAUUAUAACAUCUAUAGGUUGGUUUGGAGGUUUCUAUUAUAUGGCCAGAAGUGGAGUAGAUAUAAUUGGAGUUUUGGAAGCACUACAGUUCAAUGAAAAAAUCAUAAACUCCAUGAGAGAUUCUAAUAUGGGAUAUGUGGCUAUAGCCUAUGGUUGCUAUAAAAUAGCCACUCCUGCAAGAUAUACUGUGACUCUAGGUGGUACUACCAUAACAAUCAAUUACUUGAAAAAAUGGGGUUACAUUAAGCCAGUUCCAAGCCCAGAAAAGCUGAAGGAGAUGUAUAAGGAAAAGAAGAUCAGCUUUGACAAAAGCAUGAGAGAAAAAAAAGAGGAACUUAAAACAAAGUUAGAUCAUCGAUUAGAGCAAGGCUUACAUAAGAUUGAAGAAUUUAAGGAUAAAACAGAGAAAAGAAAAAAGAAACCCGAGGAUAUAUUGAAAGAAAAGAAAUAAUAUAUGUAGAACUACAAUCAAUUUUUAAAUUGUAUGAAAAGAUUUUUCAUUUUUUGUUUUAUUUAUCUUAUUACAUAUGAGUAUUUGUAAUUUUUUCAAUCUUGAAAAAAUAUAUUGACUUGUUGACUUA